CACUGAGCGCAUGUGUCGUGCAUUAAUCCUCUUAGUUACUGGAGCAGAUGCUCGGCUGUCAAUCAACCUGGCGCGGGUGCGCGCGCUCGAACUUGACUUGAGAGCGCGAGAGAACACAGCAGGUGCGCGAGCGAUCCCGCGCCAUCAUUUAGCGAUGCAGGAAUGGUAAAUAAAGUAGUUUUUUUUAUACAAACCGUGUCUUGACAACAGCAACAGACUUGUUUUGCGCCACUAAAAUUUGAAUUUGUUAAACGCGAUGCCGUCGCAGGAUGAGUCUGCGCCGGUAAAUGAAGACGGUCUCCCGCCUCCGGUUCCACCCCGAGCGACGCUCCAGCGCGACACUCCGGCGUCGGCCAACGCACCUGAGCGCAGGGUCAAGUGUGUGCUUGUCGGGGAUGGAGCGGUGGGCAAAACCAGUCUGAUCGUCAGCUACACCACUAACGGAUAUCCGACUGAACACAUUCCCACCGCCUUCGACAACUUCACAGCAAGGGUUGUGGUGGAUGGGAGACAAGUUCAACUUCAACUGUGUGACAUGGCAGGACAGAAAUGGGGGGCGGCGGAUCAGCAUCUAAAUGACGAGUUUGAUCGGCUUCGUCCUCUCUGUUACCGCGAUGCUGACGUGUUCCUGCUCUGCUACAGCGUGGUUCUCCCAUCCUCCUUCAGGAGCGUGACGGACCGCUGGGCCCCCGAGGUUCGUCGCCUCUGUCCCGGUGUUCCCAUCAUCCUCGUGGGCACCCAGUGCGACCUGCGGGAGGACGUCCAGGUGCUGAUUCGACUCGCAGGCGUCCAGGAGAAACCGGUGAGCAGAGACGAGGCCCGCCUGUGCGCGCGGAGCAUCGGUGCCGGGACUUUCGUCGAGUGCUCCGCGCUGACGCAGAAGAACCUCAAGGAAGUGUUUGACGGCGCCAUCUUGGCGAGCAUGCGGCGCGCGGACGAGCCGAGGAUGCUCACGCUGAGGGAGAAAACUCCAGAUAAAAUCAAACAGCUCUCGAACACAUGGUGGAAGAAGCUGAGCUGCGUCCAGGGCUUUGAGCUUCAGUGACGGCGGUUCUCGUUGAAGACAGUUUAAAGUCAAGUCAAGAUGAAAUGCGACGCAUUUAACAUUUAACUGUGAUGUAUUUCUAAAUCAAACAGGAUAUUCGACGAGAAACGUUGUCAGGGUCUGAAAUUGAACGGAUCAUCUUUUUGGAGGCAAACCAAAUAUAUAUUUUCAUACACAUUACAGUGACAAGCAUUUUUUUUGUAAUAACGUGGAGUUAAUCAUGCACAAACUACACAAAAAUGUGCGUUAAGAAAGAAAAUGUUGACUCAAGGACAUUUUAUUUUAUACAAAAUUAUCAUUUCCUAAGUAAAUAUUUUAAGCAAUGAUGAAGAGUUCAGAGACAUUAAUAAUGACAUCAGAUAUAUUAAUACAUUAUUGUAUUGUAUUUAUUUACAGAAAAUGAAUCAUUUUUAUUGUAUACUUUUUGUAAAAGCCCUUGUGGUUGGAGUAAGAGAAGAGAAAAGGAUUGGAAACAAUAUAUAGACAUAUGUUGAAAUUAUAUAUUAUUAUUAGAGAAUAGUAGAGCCAGACCGAUAUAUCGGCAGGCCGAUAUUAUCGGCCGAUA